GUACCCUGCUGUUCCCUUCGCCGAUCGGAGAUGCUGUUGUAGGCACCGACGAGGAGCACAACCUUAUCUGCCGUGCCGGAGACAUCUUGACUUCAAGGUCCAGCGGCCAAUCAUUUCAACUGCUGCAAGCGAUUGGCUACGGCGCCUUUGGCCGCGUGGCGCGAGCACGUUCCACAAACGGGCAGCGAGUGGCAUUGAAGAUUCUGAAGCACAAAGAGUAUUGCGCGGAAGUUUGCCUGGAAGCGGAGCAGGAAGUGAGGAUCCUCGCCCGCCUGGACCAUCCACACAUCGUUAGCCUGGUCGACUACUUCGAGUUCCAGGGCCAUCUCUGCAUUGCCAUGGAGCUGCUGGGGCCGAACCUCUACGAGCUCUUGGUUCGAGGUGAUCUAAGAGGUCUUCCCUUGACGACCGUCCGAGCCGCAACGGCGCAGCUUCUGUCAGCUUUGGAAUAUCUCCAGAACGUGCCCAUCAUCCACGGAGAUUUGAAGCCAGAGAAUGUGCUGCUGGAGGGCGUGGCUUGGCCUUCUCUGCUGGGCGACAGGGUACCUCAUUUCAAGUUGAUCGACUUCGGUGGGGCCAACCAGGGUGAGUGGCUCGCGGAGGACGUCACUGUCCAGACACUGCCCUACCGAGCGCCAGAG